AUGCCCGAUAUGACAUUUGCGUCUCCCGCAAUGGUAAUAAUUGCGAAAUCCACAGGGGAUGAAUUCUUACCACCACAUCAGGAAAAUGUUGUUCUUAGCUCUGUACUUCGUAUGCUUAAAAAGGUGAUUGGGGAGUUGUCGAUCAAAGUAUGUGGAGCUAGCGACGAUUUGGCAUUACUUUAA